AUGGUGAGGCUCGUGCUGCCCAAUCCCGGCCUGGAGGACCGGAUCCCAUCCCUGGACCAGCUAGAAAACAUCGAGAAGGAAGAGGCCAGCUCCCGGCCCAAGUGGGACAACAAGGCUCAGUACAUGCUCACCUGCGUGGGCUUCUGCGUGGGCCUGGGCAACGUGUGGCGCUUCCCCUACCUGUGCCAGAGCCAUGGUGGAGGGGCCUUUAUGAUUCCGUUCCUCAUCCUGCUGGUCGUGGAGGGCAUCCCCCUGCUGCACCUGGAGUUCGCCAUCGGGCAGAGGCUGCGGAAGGGGAGCGUGGGCGUCUGGAGCUCCAUCCACCCGGCCCUGAAGGGUGUAGGCAUCGCCUCCAUGUUUGUGUCCUUCAUGGUGGGCCUCUACUACAACACCAUCAUCGCCUGGGUCAUGUGGUAUUUCUUCAACUCCUUUGAGGACCCUCUGCCCUGGAGUGAGUGCCCGCUCAAUGCCAACCGGACAGGCUACGUGGACGAGUGUGCCCGCAGCUCCUCCGUGGACUACUUCUGGUACCGGGAGACCCUCAACAUCUCCACCUCCAUCAGCGACUCCGGCUCUAUACAGUGGUGGAUCCUGCUCUGUCUCACCUGUGCUUGGAGCGUCCUCUACGUGUGCACCAUUCGCGGCAUUGAGACCACCGGGAAGGCCGUGUACAUCACCUCGACGCUGCCCUACAUCGUCCUAACCAUCUUCCUCAUCCGGGGCCUGACGCUGAAGGGAGCCACCAAUGGCAUUGUGUUCCUCUUCACGCCCAACGUCACGGAGUUGGCCAACCCGGUCACCUGGCUGGACGCGGGGGCCCAGGUCUUCUACUCCUUCUCACUGGCCUUCGGGGGCCUCAUCUCCUUCUCCAGCUACAACUCCGUGCACAAUAACUGUGAGAUGGACUCGUUGAUCGUGUCCAUCAUCAACGGCUUCACGUCAGUGUACGCGGCCACCGUGGUCUACUCCAUCAUCGGCUUCCGUGCCACCGAGCGCUUCGACGACUGCUUCAGCAUGAACAUCCUGACGCUCAUCAAUGGGUUUGACCUGCCUGAGGGCAACGUGACACAGGAGAACUUCGCAGAGGUGCAGCGUUGGUACAACAACACCUACCCCGAGGCCUUUGCAAAGCUGAGCUUCCAGACCUGCGACAUUAACACGUUCCUCUCAGAGGGUGUGGAGGGCACGGGGCUGGCCUUCAUCGUCUUCACAGAGGCCAUCACCAGGAUGCCCGUGUCGCCGCUGUGGUCCGUUCUCUUCUUCAUCAUGCUCUUCUGCCUCGGCCUGUCGUCAAUGUUUGGGAACAUGGAGGGCGUGGUCGUGCCCCUGCAGGACCUCAAGAUCAUCCCUAAAAAGUGGCCCAAAGAGCUGCUCACAGGCCUCAUCUGCCUGGGGACCUACCUGAUCGCCUUCAUCUUCACGCUGAACUCUGGCCAGUACUGGCUGUCCCUGCUGGACAGCUACGCCGGCUCCAUCCCCCUGCUCAUCAUCGCCUUCUGCGAGAUGUUUGCGGUCGUCUACGUGUACGGCAUUGACAGGUUCAACAGAGACAUCGAGUUUAUGAUUGGCCACAAGCCCAACAUCUUCUGGCAAGUCAUGUGGAGAGUGGUCAGCCCGCUGCUCAUGCUGGUCAUCUUCCUGUUCUUCUUCGUGGUCAAGGUCAAAGAGGAGCUGAUAUACAGCGUCUGGGACCCCUCCUAUGAGGAAUUUCCCAAAUCCCAGAAGGUCCCGUACCCGGGCUGGGUAUACGCCGUGGUGGUCAUCGUGGCUGGGGUGCCCUGCCUGGUCAUCCCCGGCUUUGCCAUCUACAAGCUCAUCAGGAACCGCUGCCAGGGGUCAGGGGACCAACAGGGACUGGUCAGCGGGCCGUCCACGACCUCCAUCAACGGGGACCUGAAGUACUGAGCGGCCGGCCCAGCAGGUGCAGCUGUUGGUGUCGGGGAGGGUCUGUGAGGGUGUGUGCACAUGUGCACACGGGUGUAUAUAUUGUGAAAGUGCAUGCAUACAUGUGUGUCUAUAUAUGUGUGGGUGUGUAUGCAUGUGUGUGUACAUGUAUGCAUAUAUAUGUGUGCAUGUGGGUGGAUUUAUGUGCAAACAUGUGAGCACAUACGUGUGUGCAUUGCACAAGUGUGUGUGUCAUGUCUCAGUAUGUGUGUAUACAUGUGCACGAGUACAUGGUGGGCAUGGCUAUGAUAUGUGUGUGUAUUGUAUACAUGUGCUGGGCAUGUGUGUGCAUACAUGUGUGUAUAUGUGCAUACACAGCCAUGCGUCCAUGUGUGCACACCUGUACAUGUGCACACAUGCCUGCCACACAGGGCCUGGUGCCCGCUCACUGGCCCUGGUCACGAAUGUGGUGGGGCAGGUGCUGCCAUCCAGGGCCAACCCUGCUUGGGUCCUGCGCACCCACACACGCUCCAAGCACGCGCUCGAGGCUGCAGUGCCUGGGGAGGCCGCGCCCUAGGUGCUCGCCCCAUGGGAGACGGGAGCCUGAUGCUCCAUCGGCCCCUCAGAACCAGGCUCCUUGCCGCUCCCCCUCCCCCUUGCUAUGGACCCUUGACCAGGUAGCUCACGGGAAGGCGGGGCACGGGCACCCCACCAUGAGGACCGCUCUUCUCAAGCCCCAGGGCUGUGAGUUCCGGAACAGUUGGCGGGGUCCCUCCGGGGUCCGUCCGCCUGCCCGUCGGGGAAGGGCUCCGGGCCUUGGCAGGACGCUGGCUCAGUGAGGCCGGCCGGUUAAUCAUUGCACCCAGCCGCGCACAUAGGGGAACACUCAGACCCAGGUUUUCUCACCAAGGCAUUCACUGCAUGAAUUUUUAGCCAAGUGCUGGAAAAGAUGGGUUAUAGGGUAACUCGGCCACAGCCACCACGGAGGACAGGCCACGUGUCCCCAGCACAUCAGGGCCAGGGAAGCCCAUCAGCUCGGCGCCCCUCAGUGAAGGCUGGCACCUGCUCUUCCCUCCCCAUCAUGGGAAGGCCUGUUUUCUGGGAUUUGACAGCUGAUCUCGGCCAAAGUCACUUGGCACAUGGGGUGGUUUUUUUAAUGACCUCACCUUCACUCUCCAUGGAAAAAUCUGGAAGUUUAAGUUAAGCUGGACUUUCUGAGAAUCCCCUCGGCAGGGGUGAGGACCUGAGUGGAGGGUGGGUCUUGGAGCAAUGUCCCCCCUACUUGGAUGCCUGGCUUCCUGUCCCCAUCCCACUGCCUUCCAUCCUGCGGUGACGUGAUCUGCAGAGACCUCAGGGAGCUCCCAGCACCCCACAGGGCCAUGAUGGCGUGUGCCUGCCCGGGAGCCCCCAUCUGCAUCACUACAGCCUCUGCCCUCCUCUCCCCAAAGCACCCCCACAGAACAGGACUGGCACCCUGUGGACACGUUGCCCUCCCAGUCACAUGUAGAGGAGCCUGAGGUGUGUGGCCCGGGGGCUCAGUCAGUCCCUCUGUCCCCCCAUGAGCACCUGUUUCACAAGCCUGCUGUAUUUGUGGGUGUAAUGUGUACUUGUCUAAAUAAAUCACUGUUUCAUAGG